CUCGACCUGAAGUUCAUUGAAAAGCAACAUUGUUUCUUUAAGAUUGCACUUGCAGUCAUCGUUGGCUCUGUCCAUUGUUUGGAGGUAGUGAGGGGGGACAGAACGCGAGUUGAGAGAUUGAUAUACGGGGCCGAGGGCGAGAGAGACGCACAUCUUCAGCGGACCAGCUGCGGAGUAGUCAACAAGUCCUGAACGCUUCCUUCAAGACAUGGGUUGCUAUGACUGCUGCAUGCGCUGCUUGGGCGGGGUGCCAUAUUGCUCCCUUGUCGCCACACUGCUCUGCUUCUCUGGCAUUGCCCUGUUCUGCGGUUGCGGUCACCAGGCGCUCACUGAAACGGAGAGACUCAUCGAAACGUAUUUUGCCCGGAACCUUCAUGACUACAUCACUCUAGCCUAUAUCAUUCAGUAUUUCCAGUAUGUCAUCUAUGGUUUGGCCUCCUUUUUCUUCCUCUACUGCAUUGCUCUCCUGGCUGAGGGCUUCUAUACCACAAGCGCUGCCAAGCAAACCUUUGGAGAGUUCAGGAGCACCAUGUGUGGUCGCUGCCUCAGCUCCUCGUUCAUAGUGAUGACGUAUCUUCUUGCUGUGCUGUGGCUGCUGGUGUUUGCCUUCUCCGCCUUGCCAGUCUACUUCUUCUACAACAUGGAUGCAACUUGCAGCACCAUUGCUGUUCUGACUGAGACCCCAGCGAGUAUAAACCAGCUCUGCGUUGAUGCAAGGCAAUAUGGGCUCUUGCCAUGGAAUGCAGUACCAGGAAAAGCUUGUGGUAUGACCCUGUCCAGUAUUUGCAAAACCAGAGAGUAUCAGAUGACCUAUAACCUGUAUGUUGCUGCCUUCGCUGGUGCGGGCAUCACUCUCUUGGCUCUGCUGACCUAUACUGUGUCAAGCACCUAUAACUUUGCGGUUCUGCGCUAUCUUGGGAGAAAGGGCAUAGGUCCAAGGUGUUAGGCACCCUGCUUCCUGUCCACUCUGUCAUCUACAAGGGGACUUAAAGGGGACUUCAACAUCUCUGUCCUUUCACUUCACCUGCACAGAACUACCUACGAUCAUGGACUUUAUAAAACACUUUUCUCCCCUACUUUUUAUAAGACUGUUUUUGUUUCAUCCAUUUUAAUUGCUAUGACUUGCAGUAAAUAUGAUUUUUCUUGUCAGAUCAUUUCAAUGUUCAUUUAUGCAACCAAUUAAAGUCAAAACAUAACACAGUACUAAUGAACUAAAACAUAGGCUAUAGGACAAGCACAUGGCAGCAUACAGCUGCUGAGUAGAACAAGGGAUUAAAGGUUACUAUGGCCACCACGCCUCACAUCUGGUUGCUAUGGGGGCAGACAAACAUGCAUUUGCAGUCUCAUGCUGACCUCAGGACUUUUCUCACGGGUCAGAGAGAAAGCAGCAACAAUGGAGUUGUGCCAGUUUGAAAAAAUAGCCAAUAAGAAGUCUCUUUUGGGGGCCACCUGCACUCCGAGUCUCUGCCAGAGGGGUUGUAUUACGUGUCAAAGGAGACUGCUCUCUGGACAAAGAGAGGGCUAGACCUCUGCAAAGCCUCAAUGCAGCUCCACUGCAACCGCAUACGGAACACAUCCAUACUGUGCUGCAGGCUCACCUCACACAAUGGACAACGGUGGAUUCAGAGUGAAGGAAUUAUAGAUUCAGUAUUUGUUAGAUCUAGUGAGGUCGGUAAAUGUUUCUCACUGUGAGACAACAAAAGCUGUAGGUGCUGAAUUAUAAAGUAACCUCAAUAUCAGAUUUUAAAAAAAGUGUUUCUUGCUUCUUUUAUGUUACUGAGGUACUUUUAUGGCAAAGAAACUGCUUUGCUUAAUUCGUUAGGGAUUAUGUUGUAGUUAUUGUAUAACACAAUUUAACUAAUUGUAGCUGAAUUUACUAAUACAACUACAGUGUGGUCAGAUGUCUACAUACACUCAUCAGCAGCAUGCCAAAACUUAGGUUUUCUAUUAUUUGAACCGUUUUUCUUCCAGGGUGGAAUGACUAUGCAGAAUACAUAUGUGUCUUCCUUUAUUGAAAGACCUGGAACUCCACCCUUUAGAAAAUUUAGGGAUAAUGUUUAAGAGGUAGGCUUUUGGGAAGAAGCCUGAAAUUACCCCCACCACUCCAGUAAAGAAGAGCAGUCAAACAAAAAAUAUGCAAAACCAUGUCGAUGGUACUUGAGUUUAAAUUUCUGAUUGGACUGAACUUAUUUUUUUAUAAAGUGCCUUGAGAAAGAUUGUGAAUUGGCAAAAAAAUUGGUUUCUUGAUAAGCAAAUUUGUCUAAAUAUUAGUGGUGUGCAUAUAUAUAUAUAUAUACACAUACAGUACAGACCAAAGGUUUGGACACACCUUCUCAUUGA